AUUCCGCUCAUUUUCUUUCUUGUCAUCCAUCAACGUUUUUAUUUUCGCACUGAGACAAUUCAUGAGGCUGGACGCUGUCGCUUUUCUUAUUUUCCUAGUUCCACUAGGACUUUGUGAUGGAUUUCAGCCUGUGUUUAGUAAGAUCAGUGUACGGAAGAGUGAUCAGAGAUUGAUGUCAACUACAGAAGAUCCUGAUGCAUACAGCAAUUACGAUCCAUUUGAUCUUGAUGAUGCUUCAUUUUUUUCCGAUCUCUCCAACUCAUCGAAACGUAUCAAACUCCAGUUGGAAACUGCUCAAUUCAUUCAAAAAUUCGGAGCUCAGGAACUUUUGAACAUUAUCUUGCAUAAAGUUCAAAACGUGAACUUACCACAAAAUUCAAAAGGAGCGAUCAAUGAUUUUCUGGAUUUUGUGGAAGAUCUGAUCUACAGUAAUGCAGCUGAAAGAAUUGAGAAGAAACUUCAGUCGGAUUUAACGGGAUCAAAUGCUCAGAAAGCAAAUAAAAUUCAUAUGGGAGAAGCUACGAAAACGGUUUCCAAGGAAAGAAUAGAAUACGGUGAUGAGAAGGAUCACAGAAGAAGAGAUGCUCCAGCAUUGUCUCAAAAUUCUGUACUUAUUGAGGAAGAUGAUAAUUAUCCAGCUGUUCGCCAACCAUUGGAGCCAACUAAGAUGAUGUUCAUGUCACAUAGUGAGCCAAAUUUUCUAAGGGGCGAUUAUACGAUUGGACGAGAAAUUAAAAGAUCUCCCACAAAACUGAGAAGGAGAUCAAGAUUGACAAAAGCCCAAUUAGAAACGGCAAUUAAAAAUGCAGAGAAAGAAGCUCGGAUAGCGGAGAUGGAGAAAAUCUUAAAGCGACGAAAAGCUCAACUCAAAGAACGUAGAAGCGCAAGAAAACAGCGAGAACUGGCAAUGAAAAAAAGAAGAGAAUCGAGAAAACUUAGAAUUACAAAAAUUCAAGAUGAUAGUAGAAGUGUGAGAAGAAGCCCAGUUGGAAGAGUUACAUUUAACGAAAAGAUGUUCCAACUUCUCGAAGAGUACGGUAUUAAAUCAUUCCGAGUUGAAACAGCUGACUACACUGUUCGUGCUUUUGCUGACCCAGAGAAGACCCGUUUUUCAUCAAUAAAUCUACUUGAUGUUCCCAUGUACAACGACGCUAUCCUUAAAAAACCAGAGAGACCUGCAUUCAUAUAUAGUGUAAGCACUCAAUUUUGUUUGUAG